GGCGCUGGUUGUGCAAAUCUUACAGAUUAAUUUGUGGGGGCUAGUGUACCCUUGAUGCGGCUCAGUAGACUUGAUGAUUUAUCUUGUAUUGGAGUUCUUAUCUGUAUUUUGUAGGACACUUUUGAAUCCCCCCCAAAAAGAUCACUUCGUGCCCAUGGCUGAACUACAUCCAGCUAAUACAGGCGGCGCUAAUGGCACCGCUGCUUUCAAUAAAGAUUUUUUUGAUGAUUCAACGCCGCAGAAGCUAAUUGAUGAUGAAGACUUUGUUUCCUUAUAUCUACGCUGCCGAUAUGACCGCCGUGGUAAUAUCGAGGCAGGACGACUACACGACUUCGUAGCGGGACUUCCAGGAGGACUUAGGGAGAAAUUUUCAGAGGAUUAUGAGGAUAAGAUCAAACGAGAGCUAGAUCGAAUUGCGGAAUUACGAGCAUUGUUCGUUGGCAAACCUAGGAACCGCCCUGAAAUUGUUAAAUUGAAUACGCUAAAGGCAGCCUGGAAACGAAAUGCUAUCAAUUCUUGCCAUGCGAACUUAAACUCGAAUAAAGCUGGGAUGAACAAAUUGAUCAAAGAGCGAGUAGAACUGCAAGAAGAGUUUGAAACUUUCAAAAACGAGCCAGCGAAGGCUACACAGAUCGGAAAAGACCUUGAGACAAAGGAUGCAGAGAUACAAACAGCGAAAAUCAGAGCGGAUAAUAAAGACAAAAUCCUGAAAGAGGUAGCGAAAUGGGAUUUACCUGGUGAUUUGGUUGCCGAAGAGGGCAAAGAUGUUCGGGAUGGUGAUGGAUAUGGCUUUACCGUCUCAAAAAUUACUUUAGAGAAGGAGAAAUCUGGCAAUGCAGACGAUACUGCAUCUUUUGACAAGUAUCAGAUGAAAAGACAUUCUGUUUCGGAGGUACUCAAGCCCAAAGAUGGUGAUGAUCCAUGGGCAAGGGAAAACACCGAAAGCAUUCGCUAUUUUCAUUUCCCUGCUAAUAAUAUGGAAUGGAUCGAAAGAGCAAUAGAGAAACAUUACAAUGAAACCAAAAACCACCGACCACAGACAUCAAAAAUUCUUUCUAGGGAACUGUGGACGGGACAGCAGCACGGCACUCCAAAUGAUCCGCUUCAUGCUCGGCACAUGCGCUCGCACUGCAAAUGUAUUCCUCAAGAUUCGGAGGCGAAUGCUAGUCAUGCUGAACACCACCAUCCUUCUCGAAAUAGAAGCAACAAUAACAUAGUCCUUUUCAUGCCUUAUCUUCACUGGGAGAUGGACCGAAAGAGAGCUCACCUGGCCAACGUUGCAAAAAAACUCACAUCCCAGUAUCGAGAGAAACAGACUCGCUACGACAUACGUAACAAAAACAUACUUGCAGAUAUCGCCAAGGACAACAAGAAGAAAUUUGGCUUCCUGCAUAAGGUCGAGGACAAGGAGCCUACGAAGUCAGGUGUCCCUGUCUCUUCUGGUGAAUCGAAGCAGACGACUGGGUUUCGUCGUUUCUUUCCAAUCAAUUCUAAGAUCAGUGCAGAUCAAAAAGUUUUGGAUAAGGCCAAAACCCUCUGCGGUCGUUAUUUGAUGCAAGCUGCGAGAGUCUACGAGGCAAUGGAUCUUGAACCGGAUGUCAUGUUGGUACACAGCCAUUUGCAUGAACAACUGCCCAUCCAUCCACGCCGUACGCUUGAUCAGUCCUAUUACUUCAAGCUUGAAAAUACAGAACCCCGGGACAGGGAUCAGGUUGUUUAUCGCGGCACAAAUGAGCGGAGAAUAAUUAACGGGAGUACCCGCGUAGUGAUGGUCGAUCAAUUAUGGAUGUACAUUCUUGACGAACAUACAAUCAUUACUAGCUUUCCAAAGAGGCUUGGUCGUAAUAAGCCCGACUCUUCUGGUGUGCACAGAUGCAUUAGAGAUCGACUCGAACAUCUACGUCCAGGCCAAAUUAAUUCCGUGUAUGAUCUCGCUCAUCUGAUCAUAAACGAGUGUUCGAUGGUAUUUUUCGAUCGCACAAAACCUACGGAUGAACGUCCCGAGGUUUUGGAUAUAUUUGCCGACGCUAUUGGUUAUAUUUCUGAAAUGAAAACAAGCUCAUUCGAGCUAUUCUGGCGUCACCUUAAAAAAUUGAGCAGCCAAAGACUAAAAAUCAGCCCAAAGACAGCACGACUCUAUCUCAAUAUCAACCCUGAGGGGGUUUUGCUGCAAGAAGCCCAUGAUAUCAUUGAAGAAUUGAAAAUGAUGUCGCGUAUUAAUAUGCAACAACUACAAGUUACGCAAGCCUUUUCAAAGGCCUUAGAAACUAUCAAUGGUCAGAUUGAGCCAAUGCAAGAAAUGAGCGACCUUUUGGGUCUCAUGCUCGAUGAAAUGCGAAAGAAGGGCCCCUGGUAUUCAAAUGGCAUGCCCAAAGGUGGCAUGUCACCGGCCGAGGAUACCUCAACAAAGUUCAAGAAAUUCAUGAUAAAGCAUACUAUUGAUCGAUCUUUAGAACUAGUCGACACUAUAUCACAUCAUCACACCGAGUUGCACCAGCUUGAGGAUAGCGCCCGUGAGAUUGCCGAUCAACUACGAGACCUACUCACACUCAAACAACAACAAGCUAGCAUCAUAGAAGCCACCGCUUCACUGGACCGUGCGGAUGAAAGCGUACAUCAAGGUAGAUCUAUCAUGAUAUUCACCGUUAUCACCAUUAUUUUCCUCCCCUUAUCUUUCAUGAGCAGUAUAUUCGGUAUGAAUGCGGUGGAGUUUACUGGACCCUCAAACUCCGUCAUGGGCAUUAGAGAACAGUUCGAGUUCAUGUUUCCGAUAUCAAUUUUCCUGACUUUGUUCUUCCUCUAUUUGGCACUCAAAGCACCAAGGCCAAAACUUAAAAUACUUCCAUUCUUUUUGUUCUUUCCUAUUGUUAUUAUAAGGGCGUCAUGGUAUGGAUUGAGAGGCAAGCCAAAGAAAUGGGAAAGACUCUUCCUGUACUUGUAUGUCGGAUCAGCCAAUGAAAAGCUAGGAGAUAAAUACAGGGAAAUGGUGACAGCUGUAUAUCAGUGGUGUUCUGAGUCAAAAGCCAAAGAUACAACCAAAUCACAGCCCUCGGCUAACAAAGAGCAAGCAGUUGCAAAUGAACCGCACAACGAUCUCGCUGCGGCAAUUAGAGAAGAUAUCGUGUGAUCUCGGGGUUCUGUAUUUGCACCACUAUGUAGACACUCGGGAUUGUAAGGUUUGAGGUGCGGCUUGUCUUAUCAUACAUGCUAUUUUUCUAGGAUCUAUUUCAAGUGGAAGUUAUUUUGUCAGAUUAAUGAGUAAUUCAAUUGAAUUUUGGAGAGUUGAGCUUGAGUACCAGGAACUCCGAACCUGGCUAUUGACCUUGGGUGUCUCAUCUGCGAUCUCUAACCUCUCUGCCAAACUUCAAACAGUAUUGACUUUAGGUCCCGUUAUAUCUGAUGUGGGUUCUCUAAAUGAGGCUUCUACUGUAGGAUGAGAUGAAAUUGGGGUUUGCGAAGGUUGAAUUGCUUGUUAAACUUAUGUGCGGGGUAUACGUUACAUCGCGUCAAUGGUUAAAGUGGAGUACAGCAUGAACUAUUGACUACAAAUUAUAUCUGUCAAUCAUUUAGCGCAAUAAAGCACACUUAUACAGCA